AUGGCCGCUCCCGUCAGCUUGAAAGAUCUCACGAUCGAUAACAUCACCGAGAAUGUCCACGCCAUCAAUUCACAGUGCAGCAGCUUGCGAUUAAAGUAUAUACUGGAACGAGUUGUUACUCAUCUUCAUGACUUGGCGAGAGAAACGAGACUCACUACGGAUGAGUGGAUGACGGCCAUUCAGUUUUUGACACAAGUUGGUCAGAUCUCAUCUGAUGUUAGACAGGAAUUUAUCUUAUUGUCCGACAUUCUCGGCCUUUCUCUUCUAGUCGACUCCAUCGACCACCCAAAGCCUGAAGGCAGCACCGAAGGAACUGUCUUAGGGCCUUUCCACACCCACGAGGCCGAACACGUCGGAGAGGGCAGUCUCAUCUCGCACGACCCAGAUGGCGAACCCCUUCUUGUUUUGUGCACCUUGAAGGAUAUCAACGAGGCACCAAUCGACAAGGCUAGCAUUGAUGUGUGGGAGACCGACUCCAAAGGCUUCUACGAUGUACAGCACGCAGACAGAAACGGCCCCGAUGGCCGAGCUGUACUGAAUAGUGACAAUGAGGGUAAAUUUUGGUUUAAGGCCAUCGUUCCUGUACCGUAUCCUAUCCCGCACGAUGGACCGGUGGGAAAGUUGCUUAAAGUCUUGGGACGUCAUCCGUACCGACCAAGCCAUAUGCACUUUAUGUUCAAAAAAGACGGAUAUGAUCCUCUGAUCACUGCACUUUACCUCAAAGAUGACCCUUACGAGUCCACCGACGCAGUCUUUGGCGUCAAGGAUUCCCUCAUCGUUCCCAUCCAAAAAGUUACAGAUGAGGAGAUGGCAAAGAAAUACGAUGUCAAAGUAGGCUCUGCUUUGAUGACUUAUGACUUUGUCUUGGUAACGGAUACGGCUGCUGCUAAGUUGCGAAGGAAGAAGGCUGAAGAAGCAAUGGCUGGACUGGGCCGCAACUUCAAGUUCAUUGAUGAUCUUCCAGUGCCUGAUGUAGACUAG